CAGUCGACAUCAGAAGGAAUGCAGGCCGCCGGUCCCUAACUUCUCUCUGACCGCCCGCGCGCCCCCUGUUGAUCAAAAAACAUCCCGGGCACAUCCACCGCAGAGCUCAGGGAGAACCUGUGGAAGUCUCCCCAUACCUAGUCGUCAUCGUCCAAAAUUACCUCUCUGCACCCCUGUGCCUGGUUUUCUCAUUUUUUGUUUCGCGCGCGCGAUCCCACGCUGGCUGUCUGCUGCUCAAAAAGGUGUGUGUCGGUCCACUCACCUUCCUCCCUGGCCCUGGCUCGACUUCCACUUCUGUCCACUCCACACGAACCGGUCUUCCGAGGAACUUUUCUUCUUCACCUUGCCCAGGUGUACCUUCCCAGACAGGGUACGGCAAUCGAGAGUCAGCCCACCCUCAUUUCGUCGUCCUCCUCUUCCUCAUCGACACACACUCUCUCGGGCUGCCUCUCUACCAUAGGUAGACACAGACCCCAAAUCGCCUUGAGCCCCGACCCUCUCUCCACACCCUUCCUUACAAUGAAUGGAAUGACUCGGGGGCCCGCCCACACUCGCGGCACUUACAGUAGUAGUACAUGCCCCCUUGGGAUGCCGUUCCUUGGCUGACUUUGGACCUCCGGACGGAAAGAACCUUGGUCCGUCGUCCCUGCCCAGAAUUGUGCUCCAACGUACUCCGUAAUGUGUUGUGUUGUGUUGUAUAAUCUAUUUGCGAGUUCAAGCUCCGUCCGAGAGAGUGGCCCAGAACCCCCCACAAAGAUUCCUCCCCCAAAUACCAGCCGACUCCCCCCGAUCCCGGCUCCUGGCUCUUUGUAAGCACACCAAGAGGAGAGACACACAGUAGAUCCGGGAAACUACGCCGAGAGUCCUGUCCAGACCAAGCAAUAUGUCAUCAAUGAACAAGAAACUUCCGCGCUUCGGAGAGAAGUUUAUCGCGGGAGGGGGGCUCCCCCUCAAGCUCCGGAGAUUCCUGUUUUAUGUGUGCCAAGAGGCACUUGCAAACUCUCUCAAUGGGUAGCUUCCUAAGGGGAGGUACAAGCCUCGUGUGUGAUCAUCGCGUGCAGGGCGGCAAGCCACCGUCGCACGAAGAUAUAGCGCCGAGCAUCCCAAUCACAUGCAAUGGCGCAUUCCCGCAGCAGGCAAUUGUAGAGAGAACGUUAGUGGCGAGGGCAUCUGGGGUGAGGCGGGAUCAGGUUUCAGAAGGAGGCAAUAUGACUCUUGUUGCACGGCGGACAGCCUGGGAGAAAGGAUCAUAGGACAAUAUCAUUUGGGGAG